UCUUAUGCCAAAAGGAAAGUAAACCAAAUAAGAACAAGUUAAAUAAACAGAAGUUGUUGACAAAAAAAUAAAAAAGGGAAAAAAAGCAAAAGCUAAUGAUGAACCAGCUGAAUAGCCUGCAUCACCACCUUAAUCUCCAAUAAGAAAAGGAAAAAAAUAAUAAUAAGAAAAAAAACCAAAGGCUACAAAGGAAAGAUUUAGUAUUAUUUAAUUUGAAAUAAGAUAAACUUUAUUACCCUGAGACUCCUAAUUAAUAAUUCCCAAAUUAAUUACAAUAAAAUGUCAUCAAUGUAAUUGCUUCAUUUGGAACUUCUGCACCAUUAAAAGAUAUUACAAACAACCUUAAUUUGUUCUAUACAAAUUAAAUUGAAGAAUAAGUAGUUCAUAGCUUUUUGGCUUAAGCAGAAGAAACUGGAAUUAUUUAUGAAAGAUCUGGAUAAUAUCAUGUUGCUUAAGAAUUAGUACCACCUCAAGUAUUAGAAUAUAUACAUAUUUAGCCUUAACCAAAAUAAGUUGUAUCUUAAAAUAUUGAAUAAGAAGCAUUACCAUUAUAAGGAAUAGAAUCUGCUGUAAAAUAACAUUUAGAUAACGACUAAAUUGAUUUUGAAGAUUAAAUUUAAAACUAAGUUAGCGAAAAAAAAGAUGGUAUAUAUUUAUAUAAAUAAUAAAAGUAAUUAAUGAUAACGAUGAUAAUUAGAAUUUAUUUGAUAGUUGA